UGCGUCGUCUAAGGACAACCGCAUUUAUAUAAAACGGUGGAGUAUCGUGGAAAUCUCCGUAUAUUUUGUCUCAACGAAAGAGACGCCGUGCCCCAAAGAAUUUCACGUAUUGGCGUCAUGAAGGACGAGCUUAAGUAUCUUACGGGUUUCGGCUGUGAGUUCUCCAGUGAGGAUGUGCGCUGUCCAGGGGCACUACCUAUUGGGCAGAAUAAUCCGCAGAAAUGUCCAUACAAUCUUUAUGCCGAACAAUUGUCCGGAACAGCAUUCACCGUUCCGAGAAAUCAAAAUAAAAGAUCGUGGCUCUAUCGAAUAAAACCGUCUGUCGUUCAUAAACCAUUCAAGCCCUUUACUCGAGCUUGCGGUAUCGAAUCUUUUGUAACGGACGACUGGAACAAGACAUAUCCUAAUCCCAAUCAGUUAAGAUGGAAGACUUUUGACGUCCCAAGUCGACGAGAUACUGAAGUCGAUUUUAUCGAGGGUCUUUAUACUCUAUGUGGUGCCGGCGAUCCCAAAAUGCGCCAGGGCGUCGCGAUUCAUGUGUAUCUGUGCAAUGCUUCUAUGAAAGAUAGAGCUUUCUAUAACGCCGAUGGUGAUUUUCUCAUUGUGCCGCAAUUGGGCGCUCUGCAGAUCACCACUGAGUUCGGAAAGAUGCGAUGCGAGCCGAAUGAGAUAUGCGUCAUUCAGCAGGGUAUGCGAUUCUCCGUGACCGUUUUUGGUCCAUCCAGGGGUUACAUUCUCGAGGUCUUCGAUAAUCAUUUUCAGCUGCCGGAAUUGGGGCCGAUAGGAGCAAACGGCCUGGCGAGUCCGAGAGAUUUUCAGACACCGGUAGCUUGGUACGAGGAUCGCGAGAUCGACUACGAGAUCGUAUGUAAAUAUCAGGGAAAGCUGUUUACGGCUGAUCAAGGUCACAGUCCCUUCGACGUCGUCGCAUGGCAUGGCAAUUACGUACCAUACAAAUAUGAUCUCGAUAGAUUCAUGGUUAUCAACUCGGUCUCCUUUGAUCAUUGCGAUCCGUCCAUUUUUACUGUACUGACGUGCCCCACUAAUAAACCUGGAACUGCCGCAGCCGACUUCGUGAUUUUUCCACCCCGAUGGUCCGUGCAGGAGCAUACUUUUCGGCCCCCUUACUAUCAUCGAAAUUGCAUGAGCGAAUUUAUGGGGCUGAUAAAGGGUCGUUACGAGGCGAAAGAGAACGGUUUCUCCGCUGGUGGUGCAUCAUUACAUUCUGUCAUGACUCCGCACGGUCCUGAUAGGCAAUGCUUCGAGACCGCAACCAAAAACGAGCUGGCACCGGAGCGGAUCGGCGACGGUAUGCAGGCAUUUAUGUUCGAGACUUCGUACAGUAUGGCCGUGACGGAAUGGGCGGGCAAGUUUUGUAACAAGCUAGACGACGACUACUACGAAUGCUGGCAGGGUCUACGGAAGCACUUCGAUCCUAUCGCCAAUUAAAAAUCGACCAGAAUGCGGCGAUCAAUGCGUCUCCAUCUUAAUGCAUUUGCGAGUGACCGUUGUCAGUGAGAUAAAUCUUCAUUUUUUAUAUUUUUGAUAUUUUUCAUUUUUUAUAUCAAAUUUAUUGAUAUCAUGAUUUUUAGAUAACAUGUGUUUACUCUCUUUAUGUGUUUACUCUCUUUGUGCUGAUUUAUUUUGAUGAGAAAGAAAGUCUUUUUCUUUCAGAGUGUAUUUUUCCUUUCACUAAUGAUUGCAUCUCAUCUCAAGAGCUUUUUAAAUAUUUUUUAUAUAUAAUUAUAUCUCCUUAUAUUAUUAAGUCCUGUUACGAUCCUUUUCUCUUACAAGAAAUUUUUUCAUAGCGUGUCGCGUCCAAAAGAUAUCGUGCAAAACUAUAAAAUUAUCUGGUGCGUGCAGUUGCAAAUUGAUUAUAAAUUCGUUACAUCGACAAUAUCGCGUUUGCACGAAGAGCGUGUUACUGAGUGCAAAGAACUUUUAAUCACAUUUAGCUCCUACUAAGACACUCAAUACGAUUUGACGAAAGUAUGUUAGAUAAAGAAGCGAUAUAUAUAUAUGGUGUCCCGAAACUUUUAUAACAGCAAAAUAAUUUGCAAAAAAACUUAGAGUUUGAAAUAUAUUUUCAAUUAAAAGAACCAACGUAAUUAAACUUUAAAUGAAAAACGCUUUAAUUAAAAAAAAAAAAAAUGCAUUUUGAAAAAAGAAAACCAUAUAAUUUUAAUCAAAUUAUAUCGAACAUAUUAAUGUUGAAGGUAAUAUAAGAUUUUUUAAUAUAGCAGAAUUUUUAAUUAUGAUUAAUCAACAAAUCCAUCGAAAAACAAAAAUGUUUUGUCAUUGUUUGUAAAAAUUACUUUAAGAUUGCAACAUAUAUUAUAAUUAUAAGCAAUUUUUAUCUCUAGUAGCACAAUUUGCAAUAAAUUUCAUCUUAUCUAAAAUCUGACGUUUAUGAAAUCAAUUGUGAAGAUAAAUAUGAAUCAUACUAUUUUUAUGUCGCCGAAUGAUUAAUAUGCCAAAUGAUUU